AUGAAUGAAAAACUUGAUCAGCAAUUCUUCGAUGUAAAUUUCGAUCUGCGUGAUAACAAGUACGAACCAAUAAAAACUAUUGGAAAUGGCGCGUAUGGUGUUGUUUGCUUGGCCCGUCAUCGCAAAACGGGGACGAAUGUCGCCAUAAAGAAAAUCGUCAAUGUCUUCGAACAUUUUCUGAUUGGCAUGCGAACGUAUCGUGAAAUAAAGAUUCUUCGCCAUCUUGUCAAUCAUGAAAAUAUAAUCACCAUUCGUGAUGUGUUCCUCAAUUCGAAUAAUAGUAAAGAUGUGUAUAUUGUUUUCGAUUAUAUGGAUACAGAUUUAAAACGUGUUUUGGAGUCGAAUCAAACAUUGACGAAUGAUCAUAUCAAAUACUUUACAUAUCAAAUUUUGAACGGACUUGCGUUCAUUCAUCAAACUGGGAUUAUUCAUCGAGAUUUGAAACCAUCGAAUAUUCUUGUCAGUCAAACAUGUAAUAUCAAAAUCGCUGAUUUUGGUAUGGCGCGACAAUAUCGUGACCAUGAUCAAACACAAUAUGUUGUUACACGUUGGUAUCGAGCGCCUGAAGUGAUUCUCGGCUAUACGGAAUAUUCUCAAGCUAUUGAUCUCUGGUCUGUUGGGUGUAUUCUAGCCGAAAUGUUCGGACGAAAGCCGAUCUUUUCCGGGACAAAUACGAUCGCACAAAUUCAGUUGAUUUUCAUCAUUCUUGGUACACCUACAAAAGCGUACCUUCAAUCCUUACAUAGUGAUUGUUUUCGACGAUUAAUUUUGAGCGUGGGCAAUCGUCAGCCUGCAAAUUUCAAAGCACUUUAUCCGAAUGCAACUGAUGAUGGAAUCGACCUAUUACGUCAGCUACUAGUCAUUGAUCCAGAACAACGAAUCAGUACGAAUGCUGCAUUGCAGCAUAGUUUCGUCAAUGAAUUUGUAAUCAAAUUAGACGAUAGUGAUGAUUGUUCUAUGGAUACUGAUACUGACAAAUUCGACUUUGGAUUUGAAAGUGAAAAAUGGACUCUCGAGCAACUACAAAGCGCGAUCCAUGAUGAAAUCAACCGUUUUCAGGUUCGAUCUAAUAAAUCAAAUAGAAACGGUGAUGACGAGUUAACCUCAAACAACGAUAAACUUAUUACUCAUGGUGCACCAAUGGAAAGUCAUCACCAAGUUGUUAUCGUUGAUUUGUCGCCAUCUGAAAUAUCGUCAACGGCAACGAAACUUGAAAUUGAUACAACGCGUUUGGCGGAAAAGAAACGUAAACAUCGCCGACGAAAACAUGGUCAACACCAUCACCAUCAUUCCAAACAAGAGAGAAAAAGAAAAUAUUGUCAAAUGGCAAGACCAAUUAUACCACAUUUAAUGAACGGUGUGCGAACACCGAUUGAUGACACACUGCCAAUGACAUGUAUGAUCGAAAGUUCUCAACUCGUUGAAGGACAUGGGGAAUAUUCAAUUCGAGUGCUACGUGCUUUACAUGACCCAUCGAAUUCAUGGCUUGUUACUCGACGUUUCCGAGAGUUCGAUGAUGUUAAUAACUGCUUGAAGGAAUAUGGGUUUGAUUUUGAUUUGCCAAAGAAAAAACUUUUGGGAAGAACCGAUCGAAUAUUUAUGGCAGAAAGACAGAAAGGUCUUCAAGCAUAUCUGGAUACACUUGUUCAACACUUCGAACUUUGCAAUUCAUUAGUUAUACAACGUUUUCUUGAUCCUGAGAAUCAUAUGAUAAACUAUUCAGAAAUAGCAUUACAACAUGUCUCGAUGUUCAUUCGUUCCACGAAUAAUACCUAUCAGAUUGUUGAACAAAUAGCUGAUUUAGGAUGGCGAUAUAACAAAAGUUACUUUUCUGCAACCAAAGCCGGAGCGCUGAAAGACGAUCGUUACCUUUUAUCUUGGUGUCACUACGGAUUGGAUAAAGCAUUUGGAGAAAAGGAUACCAAUAACUGUCUGAAAUUGUUGAAAAACAUUGCUCAUCCAUUAAUCGUUCCAAUCGAUGACAUUUAUGCGAAUGAAACCGGGACACUGACUGUCUAUCGACUCUAUAAGAAUGGUUCAUUGAAAGAUUACCUUCAUCAAACGAAACCAACGAAUGGUCCCUACUGGAAACGAUAUGGCCGUAAAACACCAACUCGCACAUGUGAUUUAAUUCAGAUUAAGCAAUAUGGCCGUUUUAUUCUGGAAGCACUAGAUUUUAUCUAUUCCAACGGUCUUGUCUACGGUCAUCUACAUUCUGGUAACAUUCUACUUGAUACGGAUCAAGCUUUACCCAUCAAACUACUCGACAUGACCAACGCAAUUACGGGUAUUUCAUCGAAGUAUCGAUGCUAUAUUUCGAAUUUGAAACAAAUUCGAACACUGGAACAAUGUGAUGUGUACGGCUUCGGACGAGUACUGUACGAGUUAUCAACUGGUGAAGAAUGUCCAACGAGCGUUUCCAUGCAAUUUCCAAGUGCUGUACCAAUACCUGUUCAGCAUGUUCUCUUGAGAAUUUUUGCGCCAUCAGGAGGUUUACCUACUAUUCAAGAACUGCUAACUGAUCCUUUCUUUCAAACAACACCGUCGAGUAACAUCGAACGAUUUCAAAUCAAAUUGAGUGCAAAGGCGAAAGAAGCGUUCGAACAAGUAGCCCAAACAGCCCAAAAUAGACUAGAAGGCGAUCAAAUGAAAAUUAAAAAUGCUCAACGACGAACAAAACUGACUAGUCAUCUCAUGUCCGAUGAAGAAAGACUGCGACGACGCAAAGAAAAACAGGCUAAAGCACUCGAACAAAGUUUAGACAGUCAAGGAAAUCCACAAGGAACGCUAAAAACUCUACAACGUUCAGUUAGUGUUGAUCCAUUACAAUUGUCAACCGGCAGGGCAACACCAAGACAACCAUUAACUACGAAUUUAAGUGUUGAUGUAGCUAGUCCUCCACAGUCGCCACUGGCAGCACCUCCAGUUCCAAUAACAAGAACGGCAGCACCUCCUCCGCCGCCUGCACCACCGAUGCCCGUAGCAGCAGCCCCGCCGCCUACUCCUGCUGGUGGUGGCGGCGAUCGAUCACAAUUAUUGAACUCUAUUACUGAUUUCAGUCCUGGUAAACUGAAGAAAGCUAAAACAAACGACCGCAGUGCACCGAAAUUCAAAUAG